AUAUACACCAUACUAUAUGUGUAAUCGUUUUCUGUAAGCAGCCGGGUAGUCGGGGACGUUUGAUGGUACCCAGUGCAUGGUGUGUGAGGGGAAAUUAGUUGCAAUUUGUGAGGAAAGAAUUAUCAUCUAAUCUCUGGUCUCGCUAUGAAGCCUGUUGCAGAACUUCUGGUCGUACUUGCAUCACUAAUGGUGAUCUGUCCGCAUCUGACUGUUGCCGCUACGUUGGAUGAUACCAGGAAUUUAGAGACAUUUCUGUUUGCAAACUAUUCCAAAGUACCGAGACCUGUCUAUAACCAGAGCGAGGUUUUACGUGUAGGGGUUGAUGUUUACCUUUUGUCAAUCAUUCAGCUUGACGCAGUGGCCAGCUCCAUUGAAAUAAGUAUUGCAGCAGCGCUAGCGUGGCAUGACUCACAAUUGACGUGGGAUCCAAAUGACUAUGGCGGCCUGACAACCUACACUGUGGAUCCCGCCAAUAUCUGGUACCCGGGGAUUUUCAUAAUAUCCACAGCUGACGAACUUGAAACAAUAUCGAAAACAGAUUUCCAUGCAGAUAUUAGUUCAACUGGAAAUGUUUCUUGGGUCGUGGGUAAAUUAAUUUUAUCAUCCUGUGACGUGGAUAUGACCCAGUUUCCCAUGGACACACAGGUAUGUGAUAUAAUAUUAAUGCCCUGGGGAUAUGGGGCGAAUGAAGUGGCACUUUACGCAUUAGUUAAUACCAUGAAUAUGGCUUUUGUUAGUCCCAAUGGGGAGUGGAACAUCGACAAGACACUGGUUACCGAAAUAGAUACAUACAAACCAAACUCGUCUGCAUUGACUGUCCAGUUGACUCUAAGCAGGAAAUCAACAUAUUUUAUCAUGUCGUUGAUUCUACCAAUGAAUCUACUCGGUUUCCUAACCCCAUUUGUCUUCUUCAUCCCAGCCUCCUCUGGAGAUAGGAUUUCCUAUUCUGUCACCAUGUUUUUAUCACUGGCUGUAUACAUGACAAUUGUUACAGACGACAUUCCGAAAGUGUCCGAACCCAUGGCCGGAAUAACCUAUUACACCUUGGUGACUCUGAUAGUCAGCUCUGCAAUAGUGCUUUUGGCGAUUGUAUCAGUACGAUUCGAAGCCAUCGAUGACGUAGACAAGUUUCCAAAAUAUAUUGUCCGAGCCGUCAAAUGGCUAGCCACGAGAUGCAGGAAAACCCGACGAAGGGCCAAGAUAGAGGACGGCACUGAUAAAAAAAAAGAUGGCAACUAUGACGAAAACGGGACAGAAAUAAAGGUUACCAAGGAGACCAUUAUGAAAUACACAGACAUAUUCCUUUUUAUUGUCACGAUGACUACGCCUAUUAUAAUUAAUAUUAUUUUUCUAGCAGUUUAUGCUUCGUAAUGUAGAAAUUCCUGUCGAUUGGUCUAUAAAGUAUUCACAUGUUCUAACUGAAGCUGGAAUAAGGGAAACACAUUAAGAACAGUGAAUAGUUUCAGAAUAUCACUGGUCGACAGUGAGUUGUGUUACCCCUCCUACGUACAUUCAUCAUAAUUAUAUUUCAUUGAAACGUCUUAAUGUUAAUAUAUACAAUCAUCACGGUCCUUUUGGAGGUGAGACAUUAAUGUUGUGCAGUCAAGGAAGUAAAAUAAUUAUUGUUAUAAUUACUGUUUGAUUGGUGAAGAUGCAUUGUCUUGAAUUGCACUGUCGUUGAGAGGUACGGUAUAUGUCGAUUUUUAAUUCUACUUGAUAACUCCACUUAUAAUUAAAAUUCUGAGCUGAGAGGUAUGUAUGAUGUGCGUGAAAAUGAUCUCCUCGUACGUGAGAACACUAUAUUGUUCUUUAAUUUUACUUAUUGAGUAUGUGUAUGUGUUUUGAAACCUGGAAAAAAUAGUUUUCUUUUUUUAUAUAAAUUUAUACAUAUACUUUUUUGCUAAGAUUUUGACUUCACUAUUUUGGCCAUGUUUUCAUAAAUAAUAAUAAAGAGUUUACCAUCUAUUCUCGUACAUAAAAAUGUCUUUUUAUUUUAUAACUUUAUAUACAGGUAUGAAAAAAAAUAAUUGGCCUCUGAAAUUACAAUUUAUAUUGUGGAGUACAGCCGAGAUUGUUUCACUAAAAAUGCUCCUUUACAGUUGCCAAAUACAAACGGCAGUCACACUGACUUUAUACCUUUAUACGAAUAUGAUAUGCGAAGAAUGACUAGAGUUACAUAUUCAAAUAAUGGAACUGUUUCCUUUUCUGAUGUUAAGUUACCUCGGGUAACCUAUUACUCAUACACUUUCUUUUCAUGCUUAUCGAGAGCAAUCGAUGGUCACUGUCCGUCUUGUUCAUUGUAGUGGUUGACGCUAUAGGUGGCGUGUCUCAUAUAGUACACAUUUGUGUAAAGUCAAAAUAAUGUAUGUAUCUGUAAACCCAAUACACUAGUUGUAUGUGUAAACUCAAUUCAUUAUGUGUAUAUGUAAAGCCAAUGUAGUAAGUAUGUGUACAGCCAACAUAGUAUGUAUGUAUAAAGCCAAUAUAAUACGUAUUGUGUAACACCAAUAUAAUACGUAUUGUGUAACACCAAUAUAAUACGUAUUGUGUAACACCAAUAUAGUAUGUAUGUAUAAAGCCAAUAUAAUACGUAUGUCUAACCCCAAUAUAAUACGUAUUGUGUAACACCAAUAUAAUAUGUAUUGUGUAACACCAAUAUAAUAUGUAUUGUGUAACACCAAUAUAAUACGUAUUGUGUAACACCAAUAUAAUAUGUAUGUGUAACACCAAAAUAAUACGUAUUGUGUAACACCAAUAUAAUACGUAUUGUGUAACACCAAUAUAAUACGUAUUGUGUAACACCAAUAUAAUACGUAUUGUGUAACACCAAUAUAAUACGUAUUGUGUAACACCAAUAUAAUACGUAUUGUGUAACACCAAUAUAGUAUGUAUGUAUAAAGCCAAUAUAAUACGUAUGUCUAACCCCAAUAUAAUACGUAUUGUGUAACACCAAUAUAAUAUGUAUUGUGUAACACCAAUAUAAUAUGUAUUGUGUAACACCAAUAUAAUACGUAUUGUGUAACACCAAUAUAAUAUGUAUGUGUAACACCAAAAUAAUACGUAUUGUGUAACACCAAUAUAAUACGUAUUGUGUAACACCAAUAUAAUACGUAUUGUGUAACACCAAUAUAAUACGUAUUGUGUAACACCAAUAUAAUACGUAUUGUGUAACACCAAUAUAAUACAUAUGUGUAACACCAAUAUAAUAUGUAUGUGUAAAGCAAAUAUAUAAUGUUAAAUUUCUA